CGGCGUCCGACCCGUCAGCAGCCCGUGGCGGUCCCCAGGGGCGGCGGCCGCGCUGCUCCCUGCGAGCCGGUCCCGCGGGCGGGCGGGCGGCCCGAGGGCGCGGCACCAUGAAGCUGUACAGCCUCAGCGUCCUGUACAAAGGCGAGCCCAAGGCGGUGCUGCUCAAAGCCGCGUACGACGUGUCCUCCUUCAGCUUCUUCCAGAGGUCCAGUGUUCAGGAAUUCAUGACCUUCACAAGUCAGCUGAUCGUGGAGCGCUCCGCAAAAGGCAGCCGAGCUUCCGUCAAAGAACAAGAAUAUCUGUGCCACGUCUACGUGCGAAAUGACAGUCUCGCGGGAGUGGUCAUUGCUGACAGCGAGUACCCAUCCCGGGUAGCCUUUACCUUACUGGAGAAGGUCCUAGACGAGUUCUCCAAGCACGUGGACAGGAUAGAGUGGCCAGUCGGAUCCCCCGCCAGCAUCGACUACACGGCCCUAGACGGCCACCUGAGUCGGUACCAGAACCCCCGAGAAGCUGACCCCAUGACUAAAGUGCAGGCUGAGCUGGAUGAGACCAAAAUCAUUCUGCACAACACCAUGGAGUCUCUGCUGGAGCGAGGGGAGAGGCUAGACGACCUGGUGUCCAAGUCCGAAGUGCUGGGAACACAGUCCAAAGCCUUCUAUAAGACAGCCCGGAAACAGAACUCGUGCUGCGCUAUCAUGUGAUGGCGGCCCGCGGAGGCCCCCGUGCCGAGAUGGCCCGGCCAUCGGCAUCAGACCCGCAGCCGCUGGAGAAGCAGAG